GCCAAGAAUAUGGCCCAUGUCGAUUGUUUCAUCACAAAGUCCUUGUUGGUGUCGAUACUCAUCAUCCGCCCAAUAUUCAUUCAUGCGGAUACGGUCAACCGUCAGUCAACCUCCUCGAUUGAGUGACAUCAUGGUCGUCAACAGCAGCAGCUGAGCCACUGCGCAGUGCCAUCGAACUUACUUGCCUUGGCUACCUUAUCUACCUUGGGUACGUAGAUAUGCGCACUCCAUGUGGCGCAAUUCCCCGUGGCGUCGCCGCGAGAAUGAAGCAAAGCACAAGGCGAAUAUGAAUAUGAUGGGGCUUGUUUCCUCUCCUCUUCUCUUCCCACGUUGCUUCGUGGCCACCCGCCAUCAGGGCCGCCGACACACCAGCGUACCGCCCCGGCACGUAAGGCAAUGCAGGUAUCAAACUCGCGUUCCAAUGCGAUUUGCGCUAGCCGCUCGUUACUGAAGAGUCCGUUUCCUACCUCGGCCCAUUGACUUGAUGAUAGAUGAAGGCUGUGGUAAACGAACGGACAGACCCUGCAACUUGGCUCUGCCGAGCCGCAAGCGGAGCGACAGACGCGCGUCAGGCUCCCAGAUACCGCUCAAUCGCUGUAGAUGGCGAUGCCGCGAUCUCUCACGUUGAUAUGAGGGCGAGGGAUGUUGUGCAUGUUCCACAAUUGACGCAAAGCCAAGGGUGCAGCGCCUACACGACAAGGGCCAGUAGAGCACGGCAAACCGGUGCAACACGACACGUGUAGUGGAACACGCCACAGCACAGAAAACGAAUACAAGAUGCAUCCCGAGAGCCGCCAUCUCACUGAGCUAUCGGCCAAGGCUACAUCAAGAGCCUAGCCAUGACAUUAUCUGAUAAGGCAAAGAGCGAGGCCGAGUUCAACUAUGCUGAGUUCUCUAGCUACCACGACCACUAUAACCAUUAUUGGGAGAGUCCUAUCCUCAGCGGGAGCGCCCAGGUCGGCACGCAGCUUUAUCGCGGGCGUCUCAUCCCGCGGCACAUCCUCCACGGCUGGGGCCCGGCGGUGCGCCGUCUCGUUGUCAUGGGUGUCACCUUCAAGGGCAUUGGGCUCAACGUCUCGCGGUUCGGCGGCGCCAACGCGGCGCUCCCCCAAUGGCGCGAGUCCAUAGUCCAUACACCACUGACACUGCCGUGGAGUUAUGAGCGGGCCUUUGACGAUAUCAUUGCGCAACAGGACCGGAUCACAAAGGAGGUCCAGCCCGUCAUCGAGGCAGGCAACGCCUGGCGCAGGCGCGCUCUCUGACGCUUGGACCUCGGAGUUGCCUUACCACUUGUUUCAUUAUACCGACUGCCAUUGCCCCGCGACAUCUUUCUCGGUACGUAGUAGUAAGUGGCACUGGCUCAUGUAGUAUUAAUGUAGGCAUACGAAGUGGAGAUGGGUGAGGACAACGUUCAAGGCCACGUGGGGAGCGCCUAGACAUUAUAUGAAUGCAUUUACGGUAACGAGACGUAAGGUCGCACGUGAAAUGUUCGCACGUUCGCAAUCCUUUGUUUGCCGUUGAGAAGAC